AUGGCGGGGUCCCUGUAUGCGAGGAUCGUUACCCUGGACAACUUCAUUUCGGAUGAAGAGUCCAAGCUGCAUGCGGGCUUGGCAGUGUGCCGGCUGUCCGUGGUCGUGCACGAAGGCUUGGUGGCCCUCUUAGCACAGGAAAUCGAUGGGCUGCUGUCCGUCGCAUCGACCUUUCAGCGCUCUGCCGACCAGGGUGAGAAGAAUCCCUUCGGCAUGACCGAGGGCCUCAUCACCAAGCAUCGAACUUCGCAAACAGCCUGGUGCGACGAAGAGUGCAAGGGCGCGCCGGUCUUCCACCGGGUUCGAGACAGAAUUUCUGAGAUGAUAGGCGUGCCGUGGAGAAACUUUGAGACGAUGCAGUUCUUGAAGUACAAUGUCGGCGAGGAGUAUGCGCGGCAUCAUGACAUGCACAACCUGACGGACAACCACUUCGCAUCGGGACCUCGCAUCUAUACCUUCUUCCUCUAUAUGUCGGAUGUGGAAGAAGGUGGAGAAACGCAGUUUACUGAGCUCAACAUCUCCGUGAGGCCUCGCAAGGGCUCCGCGUUGCUCUGGCCGUCGGUGAAAUCCCAAAACCCAACAGUCCAGGACGAGCGCACCAUGCAUGCUGCCAGGCCUGUCAAAAAUGGCUCCAAGGUGGCGGCCAACGUGUGGGUGCACCUGUUUGACUUCGAGGUCUCCAGCAUCUGGGCAUGUACCGGUGGCCUGCGAGAUGUUCGUUAG